UGUAAAGGUGUUCCGAAUGAUAAAACAUGUCGGCUGGAAAGCAUUUCAGAUUUAUAUCAAAGACCGUGCUGGUUAAAAACAAUGACAUUGACACUGCGUUACUCCUCCUACAUAGAAUAAUGAGAGAGGACAAAGUGAUGGAGCAGAUAAGAUAUAGAAUGAAUGGUUAUGAGCCACCAUAUAUGAAAAGACAGAGACAGAGUUAUGAGAGAUGUAAACGCCUUUACAAUGAAGAAAUGGAGAGGAAAGUAAAACUUGUAUUAAAAAAGAAUCGACCAAAUCCAUGGCUACGCUGACACAGUUUCAUUGUUAAUCUACAACUCAGCAAAUUGGCAAAGAAUCCUCUGAUGUGUUUUGUGAACUGGAACCUGAGCAUUUUGAAUGAAUGAAAUGCACUGUAGUUUAUAUGCUAAGAGAUACAGUUCCAUUGUGAAGAAUGACUGAUAAGAACAAAACCACAUAACAAAAUUUACAAAAUAAGGAAUAUCGUGGUGUGAAUGAUUGUAUAGAUGAUACUGUAUGUUAUUGUAGAAUAAAAACAUCCAGAAAGUUCAAA